AAGGACAGCGGUUCUUCGUAAUCCUGUAUUUCAAAACGCCUCAUUAUUUAUUUUUUUAUUUCUAUUUUUUUAUUUUUAAAAACACAAUGUGGGACACAUAUCCAGUGAUCGGAGCUUCCACUGAAGGCUUGGAAUCGUAGCCGCCUGGCGAAGGGAAUCCCGAACCCGUUCUUUUCCCCUCUCGUUGUCGAAAGAGGUGUUUUUAUGCAAAGGGUGGUUUAUUUCGACAAGCCAUGGAGGGACUUGUCUGAAGAGGAUCCAACAUAAGCUAUUCCUGGUUUCGCCAAGGUCUUUUUUUGGAGGGUUGUUGUAUUUAUUUAGUUUCUCCCUGGUAAGCGUUGCACUUCCAUAAAACAGUCAUGGCUGAAAAGGCUAGUUCUGGAGCGCCGAAGAGUGGCCCGCGGGCCCCAGGCUCCCUUCCGCCAGAACCCAUCGAGAUUAUCCGGACCAAAGCCCGCUCCAGAAGAGUCCGCAUCAAUGUGGGAGGGCUGAACCACGAGGUGCUGUGGAGGACCCUAGACAGGCUCCCACGGACCAGGCUGGGGAAGCUCAGAGACUGCAACACCCAUGAAUCCCUCAUGGAGGUCUGUGAUGACUACAGCCUGAACGAGAACGAGUACUUCUUUGACAGGCAUCCGGGGGCAUUCACCUCCAUCUUGAAUUUUUACAGAACGGGGAAGCUGCACAUGAUGGAGGAGAUGUGUGCCCUCUCUUUUGGUCAGGAACUCGACUACUGGGGCAUAGAUGAGAUCUACUUGGAGUCGUGCUGCCAGGCCCGCUACCACCAGAAGAAGGAGCAGAUGAACGAGGAGCUGAGGAGGGAGGCAGAGACUCUGAGAGAGAGGGAGGGGGAGGGGGAAUUUGAUAACACCUGCUGCCCAGACAAAAGGAAAAAGCUCUGGGACCUGCUGGAGAAGCCCAGCUCCUCUGUCGCUGCCAAGGUGUUGGCCAUCAUAUCCAUUCUGUUCAUUGUGCUCUCUACGAUUGCAUUGUCACUAAACACUUUGCCUGAACUGCAAGUGACGGAUGAGUUUGGUCAGGCCAAUGACAAUCCCCAGCUAGCACACGUUGAAGCUGUGUGCAUCGCCUGGUUCACAAUGGAGUACCUCCUGCGCUUCCUGUCCUCACCCAACAAGUGGAAGUUCUUCAAAGGUCCUCUGAACGUCAUUGACUUGUUGGCUAUAUUGCCGUAUUAUGUCACCAUAUUUCUGACUGAGUCAAACAAAAGUGUUUUGCAGUUUCAGAACGUGAGGCGAGUGGUACAAAUAUUCCGAAUCAUGAGAAUAUUGAGGAUUCUCAAACUGGCCAGACAUUCCACAGGACUGCAGUCUCUAGGGUUUACACUUAGACGGAGCUACAAUGAACUAGGUCUCCUAAUAUUGUUCCUAGCCAUGGGGAUCAUGAUAUUUUCAAGCUUGGUAUUUUUUGCAGAAAAAGAUGAGGAUGCCACUAAAUUUACUAGCAUUCCCGCUUCUUUCUGGUGGGCUACUAUUACUAUGACAACAGUAGGUUAUGGUGAUAUUUAUCCACAAACGUUGCUGGGAAAGAUAGUUGGUGGCCUUUGCUGCAUUGCAGGAGUGUUGGUCAUAGCCUUGCCUAUCCCCAUCAUCGUGAACAACUUCUCUGAGUUCUACAAGGAGCAGAAGCGGCAGGAGAAAGCUAUCAAGAGGCGAGAGGCCUUGGAGCGCGCAAAGAGGAAUGGAAGUAUCGUAUCCAUGAAUCUCAAAGAUGCCUUUGCUCGGAGCAUGGAACUAAUGGAUGUUGUAGUGGAUAAAGGAGAAGACAAACGUUCUUUGGACAACCACCUUUCACCGUCCCGGUGGGGUGUGCCCCCACGCACACUGUCUGAUGCUAGUCUGAGGUCCUUUGAUAAAAAAUAUCAAGAAGUUGUUCACCUGGGAUCUCACGAGCACAUCAGCAAUCGCAGUGCCAGCCCGCAGCACCUGAACGCUCGGAAACUGGAGGAAAUGUACAACCAGAUGACUAAGUCUCAUUCCUUCACAAAUAUCACCACAUCGGUAGGGAUGCAGCCCGAACCAGCAGCAAAACGGGAAGUGGAACUGGAAAUGAAGCUGGUCCCACUGGUCUCAGAACCCCUGCUGAAGGAGAGGGACGUCACUGAUGUUAAAAGCACAUCAGGCAUGGACAGCUUUUCGAGCUGUGUGAAUGAAUUGAGCGGGGCGGGGCAGGCUCCAGUGACAGACGCGAAGGUAACACACCUGAAGGUUCCUCCCUCUCUGGACUUCAGCCAGCCCGGCCCUUCAGAUGAGGAUGACCAAGGAGGCCUGUUCCAGUUUGUCCCCUACAGCCCGGAGAGUGGGACAUGCUCGCCAAUAGAGGGUGCCCACAAUUUUAACAUGGCCGUGGAAAGUAUCAGGAGCUCCCUGCAAGCCAGCAACCCCGAGAGAAUGAAGAGUCUUAAAAUCAACUUCAGCGAACCUCUCGAAGAGGCUCCCCCCACGCCCCCCAGCACCUCCAGUCCCCUGACGACAGACGCCACGCCCUCAUCCCCGGAGCACAUCGGUACCAUUCUGUUGACCGUAGAUUGUCCCCAAGAGGAGCAGGUUCUUCAGGAAAGCCCACCUCAUUCUCCCGAUGGUGACCCACCAGAAAGUGACGAAAGGUCCCAGAGCCCAGAGCGACAGGCCCAAGCAGAGGAAGAGGAGGAGGAAGAAGAGGAGCAGAACACUUCCAGUGAAUUUCACAAGGAGAAGAACCACACGGAAGAGGCUGGGGCUGCUGUCGGGCCCUCUUCCCCAAAGCCCACCUCACAGAACUGCACCCAGGGCGAAGGGAAGUCUGACAGUAACCAAAGUGGACACAAAGUCGAAAACCACAUGUUUACACCAGAGAUCCACAUAAGGCCGGGGGAUGGCAGCUUGUCCCCUACAUGUGAAACCAGCAUGUGACUCUGGAGUACGGUGGUGUGAACUGCAGACCCGCUGAAAGCCGUGGCCUCUUGGGAAAACGGUGCACUGAUGUAGAGAAAGAGAUAUUUUUGCAUGGCAUGAUAAGUCCCUUUUGAUUUUGUCACUGUUUAUUGAGAAAAAAACAAGACUGCUACCUAUGCAGAUGAGAGACAUGAAAACAGUGGGUUCUAAGACAGCUCGGUUAAGAGCACAUAAUACAUAUAUAAAUAUAUAUCACACUAUGAAGACAUUUUUAAUGAAACUGUACAGUUGUACCUUUUUUAGCUACUGUAAGAAAUGCACAAAGAGGGACAAAUCUUUAAAAAAGCAUGCAUUUAAAAAUGUAAUUCAAAGGUGCUUAGUUUGCUGAAAGCGUGUCACUGUAAAUAUGACUAUGGCAAAGUUAACGACAACACAGAAUGACAAAAGGAAUAACACUGAAUUGGGGAAGAAGUUUUCACAAGAAACUGCAGAAAGUGUUGCAAGGUAGCAACCUAUGAAAACAUAUCAUUACUCUCUGUGGAAAUGCAAUUUGUCCCUUGAAUAUGAUAUAAUGAUUUUGUUGAUUUUAAUAUUUAUGUAUGAACUGUAACAUAUUAUCUUUGGUUUGCAUUAUAACUGGUUAAGCUUUCAAAUUGGUUCAUCAUAAAACAGACUUAAUGACCAGAAAUGUAUGUUUUCAUGAAGAAGAUGAACACUCUUAUUCCAGUACCCAAAUUCUUACAGUCUAUAUUUGCCAAAUACAAUCUGUUUAGAUCACAUAAUAUACAUAUUAAUAACUGUAUUAAAAUAUGGUUGUGUUGGGGGAAAAUUCCAGCCUUGUCUUGUAAUAGAGGCAGUCCAGUCAGGACAACACAUACUAGAUCCACUUAUAUGGUUAUUUACUACUGCAGAAAGAGUACGCCUGCUGACAGAGUCAACACUAUACUAAAGAAGAAUUAUUUACAGUCAUCCUUUAUACCCUCCCAGAGAGGCUAUGGACUGUGUGUGUGUACCAAGUACAACCACCUCAUUAGGUAGAAAAGUCAAACUUAGUUUCUCAACAUCCAGCUGGAUGCUCCCUUUUUGCCUUUCACUCAAGGCCUGUAGGAGUUGAGGAUAAGCCACAGCCUGGGAUUAUUGGCACCUAGAUCUCACAGUUACUCAGCCAGCCCAUAUUGGAUGGAAAAUAACAAGCAAGGUUGAAUUGGGCAGAAUACAUCAUGUUAUAUAACCUGUAAAAUAACAUGCAAUAAUACUAAUAUGGAUAAAGCAUGUUAACCCUACAGACGCAAAAAUUGUUGUGGAAAGCUGUUGUGGUCAAGGUCACAAACCUUUGAAAACCUGUUUUCAUUUUCAAUAAAAUAUCAUGAUAAAUAUAUUAUUUCUAUAAACGCACAGAUAUUAAAUAUAUAUAUAUAUACUUUCAUACCGUUAUAUUAAUCACAGACACAAAUAUCUAAACUAGAAAUAUACCGUAGAAGCUUGCAAGUAGACAAGUAGCAAGUUUCCAUCCAGAUGAACCUACUGGUUAGUCAAAUGAGUCUGGUCAUUAAAUCUUACACAUGCUUCAUCCUGUUGACUUCUCAAUGUUAUACCUUAUCACAUAAAAUGAUAAUAUACUUUGUAAUGGCAGAGGACCAAAAGAAGCACAUCAUCAUGCUCUUAUCUACAAGCAUUCAUCUGCAAAGCAUAACUGUUCGAGCACAUUAAUAUCAUUGUAUAAAUGGCAUGAGUGUCCAGCUUUUAUUUUCUUCUCCAACCGCAAUGGCAGCAUACCUGCUGCUCUCAGAUAUACAGAUCAUAUUAGCUGUUUGUGAUGUAGCUGAAAUUCAAUUUUGUCCUAUCCUGCUGGGUUUUUAUUUGUUUCUGUUUGUUUGGUUGUUUGUUUUUGUAUUGCUGUUUGUCUUGGAAUGUAAAUUAUAGGGUUAUUCUGUGGACUAAACCAAUUUUUGAACUUAAACCCAAAGUUUUACUUUGUAGCUCUUUUGAAAAUAUCUUGUUUUAUGUUGCCUUUUCUUCCAAAACUGCUGGAAAGUGCAUCUUGCUUUGGCACAACACUUGGCAGAGUGUUAAAACACUGUGUUGUGUUCAAGAAAGCUGCAAAAUCCUGACUAAGACUGAUAUGAAGAGGAUUCUUUUUCUAUUCUUUCUCCCAAUUGUACUGAAGUGGAAAGUGCAAUACAGUAUACUGCAAUCUAUGCAGGCCAAAAAUCGUGGCACUUUAAUUACAGUCCAAUGGAUUUGUAAGUGUAUAGGUAUGAACAACACAUGUAUUUUUCUGAAUAUUUAUCUUUAAUAUUGAAUGAACUAACAGUGUUACCCCGUCCUUCUCACAGUGAAUAUAUUUAUUAGAUAAUUUUACUGUUUAAGACUGUGUGGCUACCAUUAUGUCACUCAGAUAUCAGAUAUCAGAAGACCUCAAGUCUGGUUUUUGUUUAGGAAUCUAACAAGACUGAGAAAACUUUUGUAAUCCUCAGUAAAACAAAUACUUCAUAACUGAAUAUAAUGCCACACAUAAAUAUUAAGUAUUUUACUUUUUUGAAUUAACUAAUAUCAAGAAUGAUUCUAUUUUUUCUAAACCAAAAUCAAGCACGACCACAGUUUCCUGCCAUAUGGUGGUAGAAAUUCUGCGUGCCUUUUCAUAAAUAGGUAUUUAUGAGAAGGCUGAGUCAUUUGGCUUUGUUCAUAUAGCACUGUACAGAAACUUUUAAUUUUUUAUAGGAUGAAAUCAGGACUUUAGGUAAUAGAUACAAGUAAUAUUGUUGAGUUCUCAGGUUUUGUAUAACUCACAGAAGUACAAAUAGUAUAGGUUCCUUUUUGGUUUACAGGCAAUGUCAACUAACUCAUGUUUUUUUUUUCAAGUUCUGUCAGCGAUAUACUAGUAUCAGGGCAAUAUUUGGGCUGUAGAGGCACAGUGUAACUCCGGAAUAUCAUACCCCUCCUCUACCUAUCACACCCUACCAGGCAAAUAUUAAUGUAUUUAUUCAUGCAUAUUUUAUGAGGGAGACAGGCACGUGGCCCUUUGGGUGCUUCGCGCAGUUUGAGUUGGAACGGAGAAAGUUCAGUCAUGGCCUAAGGGUGAAUCUGACUUGAAGCCAGCUGUCUGUUUUCCACUUUGACUGGGUGUGUCCACAGGAGACAGGGCCAUUAGAGAGGGUGAGACAGUAUGGAAUAUGGCAUUUUGAUUCCUGUAGGGUUGCUCUGUACAGGAACCUGAUGGCUAUCACACCCUUUCUCACGCCAUGCCACAGAUGACAGACUGUCAAUAUGUGGACUGAAGGAACAAAAGCCUUGGCUCAAUAACUGGUAAGAAAUCACAUGACAUGCUGAUAAGCUUACCACCCCCACCUCCGCCCCCCAAAUAAAAUAAAAGCCCUGCCAGGUGUAGUGUUAUUUUAUUUAAAAUUCAACCCCAGUGAACAUUUCAUGAAUCCAGACCAUCCCCCAUCAAAUCAUUGCAUUUUUCCUCUUUUGUUUUGAACACCCAUUUUCCUGUCAGACGAUGUCAGCAAAAUGACAAUGCCCAGAAAAGUCAAUGUUCCACUCUGCUGAGCCUUACACUAGAAGAUGAAAAGGUUAGUGCUACUUUAUGUUCAAAGGGUUGGCUUUUUGACAUUUGUCACCAUCUGAUGACAGAUGUAAAAUAAUGGGAUUUUCAAAUGACAGUCAUGGAGGUUUUUUUUUAAUCUGUUCUUUUACAUGGAAUCGUCUCUUAUUUUCUCUAAAUGUUUCAUGUCUGCUGUUUGAUUCAGUUUCGGCUUGUCUCCACAUCGCUGGGAUACAGAGAAUGCACUUAUGAAUGGUAUUGUUUUUAUGGCUGUUUUUUGUUAAAUGGUUGUUGAAAUGAUCUCUGUGAGCUCACUGCAAAGGGACUGUGCAGCAAGUUCUUAUCUCACAUGAUUAUUGGAAGUAAUUUAAGUUAAACCUUAAAUCAUUAUUAAGUAUGCUCAUUUUAUUUCCUUUAAAAUAAACAUUCUCACUUCACCAUGUUUGUCUCACCUAAGAAUUACAGUCAGCCCUCUAGUUAGUACUUGGCACAGUAUACUGUAUGUUCCCAUGUUCUCAUGUAUCCUGCCUGUGUUUGUCUCCUUUUGCCUUUGUUUUUCAGUCUAAAGUAUUUUAUCUUAUAACUGGGUAUCCAUAAACACUUCUGAGCUGCAGACUGUUUCUGUACAAAUCAGCAUCUUUUUAUGCAUGUAGUAGUCUGUGCGAUUGUGUGACCACAGAAGACUUUGUUAUGGUACAUGUAUGUCAACAUUUCUGUAAAGAUAAGCAGCAUUGUUCUCCAUUAAGUCUAUUAGCAUAUGCAGGAUAACAAAUAAAUGUGUAUAUAUCUGAA